AUGCAUCCAACUUCAAACAAAGAAAACGUCUCUACUUCAGAUGUUCAAGAGAAUUUUGUACGAGUUACGAGAUCACGAGCUAAGAAGACCUUGGCAGGAGUAUCAAUACCUCCAACAAAACCUUCUUUUAAACAGCAGAAGAGACGUGCGGUACUCAAGGAUGUGAGUAAUAAUACUUCUGCGGAUAAUAUUUAUUCAGAGCUCUUGGGAGGAGGCAACGUUAAGAUUAGCAGAAAAUGUCUCAAGGAGACUAAAAAAUCAGCAAAAGAAGGUGCUAAUGUUGCCAUGGAAGUUCUGGUAGAUUUGCAUAAAGAAAAGUCAAAACUAGCAGAAGAUUUGUCCAAGAUCAGGAUGGCUGAAUCCCAAGAUGCCUCUCUUUCUAUUUCCAAAGAUGAAGAAAUUACUGAGCAACAAGAAGACGGAUCUUGUGUCAUGGAUGUCCUUCAAGUUGUAGAUAUUGAUUCCAAUGUCGAAGAUCCCCAGUGUUGCAGCCUUUAUGCUGCUGAUAUAUACGACAACAUUCAUGUUGCAGAGCUUCAACAACGACCAUUGGCUAAUUAUAUGGAGCUUGUGCAGCGAGAUAUCGACCCAGACAUGAGAAAGAUUCUGAUUGACUGGCUUGUAGAGGUUUCUGAAGACUACAAGCUGGUUCCAGAUACGCUUUAUCUUACAGUGAAUCUUAUUGAUCGGUUUCUGUCAAACAGAAGCAUUGAAAGGCAUAGACUCCAGCUCCUUGGUGUCUCUUGCAUGCUUAUAGCUUCAAAAUACGAAGAGCUUUGCGCACCACGGGUGGAGGAGUUCUGCUUUAUUACGGCCAAUACAUACACAAGACCAGAAGUGCUGAGCAUGGAGGUUCAAGUCCUAAAUAUUGUGCACUUUAAAUUAUCGGUUCCUACUACCAAAACCUUUCUGAGGCGGUUCAUUAGAGCAGCACAAGCUUCUUACAAGGUGCCUCUCAUUGAACUGGAGUUAUUGGCAAACUAUCUGGCCGAGCUGACACUAGUGCAAUAUACUUUCCUAAGGUUCAUGCCAUCACUAAUUGCUGCUGCAGCUGUUUUCCUAGCCAGAUGGACACUCGACCAAUCUGACCAUCCUUGGAACCCUACUCUGCAGCACUACACCAGAUAUGAGGUAGCCCAGCUGGAAAGCGCAGUACUCGCAUUGGAGGAUUUGCAGCUCAACACCAGUGGCUGCACCCUCGCUGCUACUCGCGAAAAAUACAACCAACCUAAGUUUAAGAGCGUGGCAAAGCUGACAUCUCCUAAACGAGUCACAUCACUUUUCUCAAGAUGA